AUGGCGUUUUUUAUAUGCCCUUACUUUGCUACAUCGAAACGCGAAACGCGUCAGUUUUCGAGAAAUAAUGGAAAUGAUGCAUCAAGUCAUGCAAAGUUUGAUGAAUAUAGUGUAUCAGACAAAAACAAAAGUCCCAAAAAACGUAUAAUUGAGAAUGAUCAGGAGACUUCCGCCAAGGCCGUAGUUUUGAACAAUCGUGGUGGGAAUGACACCCAUGGUACCUUACUAGUAGUACCGAAUCUUUCACCGAAUUCCCGUUAUGCUUCUCAAGCUGCGAUACAAACUUCCUCUAAUUGUUAUGAUGCGGUUACCGCUUCGACAACGGCGAGUUUAAAAAUGUUAAAAUUGUUAGGAUGA